CAAAACACAUGAAAGCUCAUGUAAUUUUAUCAUCAAACAAACAUAGAACUCAUUAGCAUCAAAAAAUUCAUCCAGUCAACAGAAAUUUACAGUUACGAUGGAAGAAAAUUCAAGUAUCCAAGUUGAGACCCCAAUUACUGUAAUUGAAAAACCAUCAGAAAAUCACGAGGAAUUAGAACGUAAAGGAAAAAUUUUCACCCACUCCCUAACUUGUGACAGCAAAGAAUGUCCUCAUGCCGAGUGCCCGGAGUUUAAGUUACUGCGAUUGCAUCGUAAUAAUUGUGACAACGUUUAUUCGUUCCUCUGUCACCCUUGCAGACAUUGGCACGUUGUCUUAAGGUAUCACAUAAAAAAUUGCAGUACUUCGAUAUGUCCGCUGACGGAAUGUAUGCGAGCUAAAAUAGUACGUCAGCAUAUCGCCAACAUGCGAGAUAAAAAGCUGCCGAAAAUGAAUUCAAAGUCCGGUUCGUCUCGUAGAAAAUUCUCUUACUCAUCAAUUACCAGCGGUAAAAUAAUGAAACAUCAUUUAAAUGUCAUAAAACAUAAAGUUCAGCAGACGCAGGUUCUACGUGGACUGGCUUCCAUGAGUAUUGACAGUUCAUGUAGCUCUGGUGUAAAUAAUAAUUCGUUGACUGAAAGAAAUGUCAGUCUCAAUAACGGAAACACCGAUUUAUUAAAACGAAUUGAAGACAUUGUUAAAUGUCACUUUAAUGAUCCACUCAAUCCAUCAAGUUGCAUCUCUAAAGCACGAACUAAUUUUUUUAAGUAUGUUGAUAAGUAUGGGGCAACACUUGGACCUCUUUCUAGGCACUCUAUUUAUCCAGGAUUUGAAUUUCUGUUUAAUCCAGUUGAAAUUGUUAAAAAAGUUGGCGAUGUUACUUCACAGAUGCAAACUGUUUCUAUUGAACGCGAUAAUCGUAGUAUUGGUUUUUCAACUCCAAGAUGUAGUCGUGCUUCUAUUCAAGAACUCGAUUUGUCUGCCAUGAGCUUGACGGACUUUCAACCGGGAGUUAACAUUAAAAAAAUAAGCAAAAUACGAAUGGAUAAAAUUCAGCAGGACAAAUUACUUGAAGAAAUGGCGGCUAUGAAUAUUGAUGAUUCCGUUUCUAAAUCUGACACCAGUUAGUUUUGUUAAUGGAACAAUUUUAUAGAUCGAAGUCUGGAAGACGGUGAUGGAAAUAAAUAUUUUUUGCCCUUUUUAAUACAAUUACAGGUCUUGCGGACUAAUUAUAAUUUUUAAAAAAUGCGCGCGUAAUUUUAAAAGAAGUUUUUAAUUUUUAAAAUGAUUUUUGUGAUCAGUAACAGGAUUUGUCAACACAAACAAUUUUUUUUUUUAUUUUGUUCAAUGAUAAGAAGUUGAUUGCACGAAAUUUUCAGUAGAGGAAAGUAAGAAAUAUUUAAAUUAAGACUCGUCUAUUGGCGCUGGUUAUUUUAAGGUUCAUGUCUUUAUCCACAGAAUAAUAAAUAUAAAGUAAUUUA